GUCAGAACGUGACUUUAGACUCAGUGCAUCUGGCUUGUUAUGCGGUGCUCUCUUGCUCAUUUCUUAAUUUCUUCAAAUUAAAAGAAAUUUGUAAACAUGGCUGAUUCACGGGAACCACCUCCUUUCGAAGAAACCCAAGGCGAUGCAGAAAGUGAAGAUAUUUUCAAAUCUGCUGUCGAAUCGCAACCAAAAGAAGAGCUUUCAAGGAAUGGGAUUGAUGAUCUCAUGAGUGGUGGAGGUGAAGAAGUUAGUUUAGAUGAUGAUACUCCUGCAGCCCAACCGGCUCAAUCUAAACUAGAAUUCCGUACCCCAGAAGAAGAAUUUAAUAAGUCCAGUCCUGUAGCCACUUCCCCACCUGCUGAGAUGAAGAUUUCGGAUGCACCUCAACCACAGCCUCGUAAAACUGCAAAUAAAAGUUCUGAAGAGCAGGAAGAUACUUUUCUCAAUAUAUCUGUAUCUGAUCCUCAAAAGAUUGGUGAUGGAAUGGGUGCUUAUGUAGUCUACAAAGUUCAUACUAAAACAAAUCUUCCAUAUUAUAAAAAGAAAGGGUUUUCUGUCUCCAGGAGAUUUAGUGAUUUUCUGGGCCUGCAUGGAAAGUUGGUGGAAAAGCAUUUACAUUUGGGUCGCAUCGUUCCACCUGCCCCUGAAAAAGAUAUGAUAGGUAUGACAAAAAUUAAGAUGUCAAAGGAUGAAACAAUUUCUUCAGCUGAGUUUGUAGAAAAAAGGCGCAUUGCUUUGGAACGUUACUUAAACCGUACUGCUGAACAUCCAGUUUUAAGGAUGGAUCCAGACUUUAGGGAAUUCUUAGAGAUGGAAGUAGAUUUACCCAAAGCUAAAAGUACGUCAGCUCUAAGUGGUGCCGGAGUUAUGCGGCUUUUCAAUCGAGUUGGAGAUUCUGUUAAUAAAAUGACAUUCAAAAUGGAUGAAUCGGAUCCAGUUUUAAUUACAAAUCCACAAUAUGCUAUUCAGUGGUUUGAAGAGAAACAACACCAGAUAGAAAACCUAGACCAGCAAUUGAGGAAGCUGCACACAAGUGUAGAAUCUCUGGUGGUUCAUCGCAAAGAAUUAGCCUUAAAUACUGGAGCUUUUGCAAAAAGUGCAGCCAUGUUAGGCAAUUGUGAGGAACAUACAGCCUUGUCUAGGGCUUUAUCCCAAUUAUCAGAAGUAGAAGAGAAGAUAGAACAGUUACAAAGCCAACAAGCUGGACAAGAUUUUUUCCUGCUUGCAGAGUUACUUAAGGAUUACAUUGCUCUUAUUGGUGCUGUCAAAGAUGUCUUUCAUCAGAGAGUCAAAGUAUAUCAAACAUGGCAACAUGCUCAGCAGGUGUUAACCAAGAAACGGGAACAGAAGGCAAAACUUGAGCUUGUUGGAAAAACAGAUAAGAUCCCUCAAGCUAAAGAGGAAGUGAUUGAGUGGGAAGCCAAAUCAGAGCGAGGUCAAGAAGAGUUUGAAAACAUCUCCAAAAUGAUUAGAAAGGAAGUAGAACGUUUUGAAAAAAGUAGAGUGCAUGAUUUCAAAGUCAGCAUAAUAAAGUACAUGGAAUCCCUAUUGGAAACUCAGCAGCAGCUUAUCAAACACUGGGAGGCCUUUUUACCUGAAGCCAAGGCUAUAGCUUGAGGCAGUAUUUGUUAUUUUCAAAGUUCAUGAACAAGUUAUUAAAAAAUUUGCAUAUUGUUUUGGAUCACUAGCUGGUACCAGUGAUUUUUGAAAUGUUUGUUGGAGUUGAUUGUUCUUGAAUAUAAACUCUACGAAUUUCGCUCACAUUCCCAAGUCAUAUGCAUCUCUUUAUAUAGAAAUUUAAUUUAAAUGAGUUAGAAAUGUUAUGUUUUAAUUUUUCUCAUGACUCUUGAAAGAAUGAUUUACUUGUAUACCACUUAUGAAAACAAUAUGUACAGUUAAAGUAUUAAAUUGUAAAUGUUGCAGUUUUACAAUUAAAAUUGUUAUAUGCUUU